GGGCUGGAUUUCAUUCUUCAGUGUAUCAAUGCAAUUAACUAAACUAGGCAGAACAAAAUGUGUCCAGGAAUUUCAUAAUUGGGUCUAUGCCAUCAGCAAAGUAAUUUUGGUCCCUGUGAAACUGUCUUCCCUUCCAGGUUUAUGGGCUAGAAAUAAUAUAUCUAGCAGAUAGUGGUUGCUAGCAUGAAUUUUUUCCAGAUUUGGCUUCACAGAAGUGAACUGCUGAAACGUUUGAAGGUCGUUUGACCAGUCCUGUCCAUCUGCAAAGCUACAAAUCUUUACAUACAUGACUGGUUUACUAGCAAGCUUUGACUUCUCCUAAAAAUUUUUCCACUCCUGAAUGUGAGGAGUGAAACCAGCUCAGGUUGUACAGGUGACUCCUGAGGUCACUCCACGGGUCCAUUGUAUGCAGGAGGUUACCACAAGGGCUAACGAUUAUCUUGGCAAAAGUAUAAUCCUUGAAGCACCUCGCCAAGAACAAAGGUGUUUUUCCAAUGGUUGGCACAGGGUAUCAGUUACCACAGGGAGGGAGUAGAACAUGAGCUUCUCAUUGCAUUAGUAGAGCUUCUUUUUCAAGAAAGAUCAUUAAGACAUUACGAAUCUGUACCUAAAUGGAUUUCUAGAAGCAGCGAUUCGUACAUCAGUGUGGGAGAACAGGUGGAGAUGGUGCUGGGAGCACUCUUGCCCCCGAUGUGUUGCAGCUGUGUUAAUCACCCAAGAGUGGGCACAGCCUUGCCCUCACAGCUGUGGGUGAUUAAAGAGUGAGUUGGGUGGUGGUGUGGUUAGUUGGAGUUUGCUGGCUGUGUUGUGAGGAGGAAGGGACAGGCGGUCAUGCCAGGAAGCCGUGAGCUGAAACUUCAGAAAGAGAAUGAAGAUAGAAGAAAGAGCCAGAGCUGCGUGGGGCUGCUCAUGGAAAGGCUGUGGUGGAAGAUGCUGCCCCGGAUGAAGAACCUGUAAAAGAGGAAGAAGGUAUCGUGAAGGAAAUAGACAUCAGUCAUCAUGUCAAGGAAGGUUUUGAAAAAGCAGAUCCUUCUCAGUUUGAACUGUUGAAAGUAUUAGGACAAGGCUCAUAUGGAAAGGUAUUUCUAGUCAGGAAGAUAAAAGGAUCUGAUGCAGGCCAGCUUUAUGCCAUGAAGGUACUUAAGAAGGCAACUCUGAAAGUUCGUGAUCGGGUACGAUCAAAAAUGGAGAGAGAUAUUUUGGCAGAAGUGAACCAUCCUUUCAUAGUCAAGCUUCAUUAUGCAUUUCAAACAGAGGGAAAGUUGUAUCUAAUACUAGAUUUCCUGCGGGGAGGGGACCUUUUCACCAGACUCUCCAAAGAGGUGAUGUUUACAGAAGAGGAUGUCAAGUUCUACUUAGCUGAGCUGGCCUUGGCAUUAGACCACCUCCAUGGUCUUGGAAUUAUUUACAGGGAUCUAAAACCAGAAAACAUUCUUCUUGAUGAAGAAGGUCACAUUAAGAUAACAGAUUUUGGUCUGAGCAAGGAAGCCAUCGACCAUGACAAGAGAGCGUACUCGUUCUGCGGGACGAUAGAGUACAUGGCCCCAGAGGUGGUCAACCGGCGAGGACACACGCAGAGUGCCGACUGGUGGUCCUUUGGCGUGCUCAUGUUUGAGAUGUUGACGGGAUCAUUACCCUUCCAGGGAAAAGACAGAAAGGAGACAAUGGCACUCAUUCUCAAAGCCAAGCUGGGAAUGCCACAGUUCUUGAGCAUAGAAGCCCAGAGCCUGCUGCGAGCCCUCUUCAAAAGGAACCCCUCCAACAGAUUAGGUGCUGGAUUUGAUGGAGUGGAAGAAAUUAAACGUCACCCUUUCUUUGUUACUAUAGACUGGAAUAAACUGUACAGAAAAGAAAUCAAGCCUCCUUUCAAGCCGGCAGUGGGGCGGCCAGAAGACACCUUUCAUUUUGAUCCAGAGUUCACAUCUCGGACCCCCACAGAUUCCCCAGGUGUUCCUCCAAGUGCCAAUGCUCAUCAUCUUUUCAGAGGGUUCAGCUUUGUUGCCUCCAACUUGGUGCAGGAGCCUGCACAGCAAGAUGUGCACAAAAUCACUGUUCACCCAAUUGUGCAGCAGUUACAUGGGAACAACAUACAUUUUACUGAUGGAUAUGAGAUCAAGGAGGACAUAGGAAUUGGCUCCUAUUCAGUGUGCAAGAGAUGCGUUCAUAAAGCUACAGAAACGGAGUUUGCAGUGAAGAUAAUUGAUAAGAGCAAGAGAGACCCCUCUGAAGAAAUUGAGAUACUCCUGCGAUAUGGACAGCAUCCAAACAUCAUCACUCUUAAAGAUGUCUAUGAUGAUGGGAAGUUUGUGUACCUGGUAAUGGAGCUGAUGCGGGGAGGCGAGCUGCUGGACCGCAUCCUUCGGCAGAAGUGUUUCUCGGAGCGGGAGGCCAGCGCUGUGCUCUGCACCAUCACCAGGACUGUGGACUACCUGCACUCUCAGGGCGUGGUGCACCGAGAUCUCAAGCCAAGUAAUAUCCUCUACAUGGAUGAGUCAGGAAACCCAGACUCUAUCAGGAUCUGUGACUUUGGGUUUGCCAAGCAGCUCAGAGCGGAGAACGGGCUGCUCAUGACUCCCUGCUACACAGCCAACUUCGUCGCUCCUGAGGUCCUUAAACGCCAAGGUUACGAUGCAGCCUGUGACAUUUGGAGCUUGGGCAUCCUGCUGUACACCAUGUUGGCAGGAUUCACUCCUUUUGCAAAUGGACCAGAUGACACCCCAGAGGAGAUUCUGGCCAGGAUUGGCAGUGGCAAAUAUGCUCUUACAGGAGGAAACUGGGAUUCAGUAUCUGAUACUGCAAAGGACAUUGUGUCUAAGAUGCUUCAUGUAGACCCUCAUCAGCGCCUCACAGCAGUCCAAGUCCUGAGACAUCCAUGGAUAGUGAACAGGGAGUACCUGUCUCAAAACCAGCUCAGCAGACAGGACGUUCACCUGGUGAAGGGUGCAAUGGCAGCCACCUACUUUGCUUUAAACCGAGCACCUCAGGCACCAAGGCUGGAGCCUGUGUUGUCCUCCAAUCUGGCUCAGCGGCGAGGCAUGAAAAGACUUACCUCUACCAGAUUGUAGCAGUACCCCCAAAACGCCUCCUUGAAAACCCGCAGUUUAUUAUUUGAGAAAUUCAUCUUUUCUUGGCUAGCAGAAAUUUUUUGGACAACCUGCACAUGAAAUUGCCAGAAUUAGCAGAAACCCACGUAAGGCAAAGUUCUCAUUUGCUAAAUUUUUUCUUUUACAUUCCAGCCAGGGUCCAGAGUUUAACAGCUUCACAAAGAUGUGCCAGUUUUGCCAGUAGCUCUGUUUCUUUACUGAGAUAAAGCCAAAUAAAAUAGGCGAGCUCCAUCCUUUCCACCCUAGGAAAACUAUUUUUGAGUCUGUAAGUUGUUCCAUGGGAGCAGCUUUCAUUUUGUUUCUCAAGAAAAGCACUUUUUGCUAUGAAGAACACGGUCGGGUAAGAAUGCUGUUCCAGCAAGCGUCACGAUGAAGUGACUUGGCUGGUCACCAAUAGACAUCUACUGAUCUCCACUCACCCCAGGAAGAGUGAAGGCUGCAGAGACACGUGUAAUACCUUAUCUGAAACAAGUGCUGUACAACAUGAGGUAGAGAGAGCUGGUGGUGGUGGAAAUACCUUCGGUUUUUGAGGAAUCUUUUGCACUUUGCCCCUGCCUUCUCUGGAAUGAAGCUAGUACCUCUCAAGGAGAGCGUCCCACCAGCUCUGACUUGCUCAAAAGUCUCAGAGAGCAAAAAAACUCUGAUAAACUCAAUCUUCUGAGGAAAAGAAUGGGUCUUAUGAGACUGUGGGAAGGCAUUAAUGUAAAGCAGCGUGAGUAGGAGCCUGUGGAUCAGGCAAGAGAAAGGAGUCUGGUCUUGGCCAGCAAGCAGGUCCAGGAGGGUUAGGUGAGGGGGCUGGGGAGCCAAACAGAGGCAGGGAAAGCUGUGAGUGGCUUUGAGGACAGUAGGCAAAAUAAUCCAAAGGCAAGUAGUGUACAAGUGGCAGGGGGGCAGACUGUGACUCCUGUCAAAGCAGGGGCAGUCCCCCUUCAGUGACAGUGCGGAAGACAGUGGGUGGCUGGGCUGCCCUGGGGCCAGGUGGGUCGAUGCAGCCGUCCUGCCGCACCAUCACCCAGUCUGCUCACCAGGAGCUGCUCUGGCAGGCCAGAGUGCCAUGCUGGAGCGAGAGAGGCCGUUCCCAGUCAUUGCUCCCUGCCCUCCCCUGGCUGCUCACACAAGUCUGCCUCCGUCACCCAACAUUUCAUGUCCCUGCCUGGGUGUUCUGCUACAGCAGAGCUAAACUCCUCAUGCCACGUGUGUGCAGAGACUACCCACUUCUGAAGAGUUCAGCCAACUCUGUUACAAGCUUUAAUAAUAAUAAAUUAUGAGGAGAAAUGGGAGGAUGCUCUGCUUUUAUAUUUAUAUGAAUAUGUACAUGUGUAUUUAUAUACAUAUAAAACAAGAAUUCUGUGCCCUAAUACCUGGAUUUUCCAGAUCCAGGGAAAGAAAACUUUUGUUGAAGUGGUCUCUGCAAAAUGGACAUUUUCUCAUUCCCUGGUUUCAAAGAAAGCAAGCAAGGUUUGUGGUGCCAGAUGUGAACUAUUUUUUUAUUCUUUUUCUUACCCAUCUUGGCUUAUUGGUGGUCACAAGCUGACCGGGAUUCUUCUUUGUACUGCUUUUGUUAAUUUUUAUUUUCUGAGUGAAUUUUGUCACUUCAGAUGCUUUGUGGGAAAAGCUACUGUUCUGUGUUGGCUUUUUUUCCGUUGUGACGGGGGAGAAGAAAAAAAAAAGAAAAAUGUGAACAUGGAGCUUCAUAUGCUAGACAUGGUCAUUUUUGCUUGCUGGGUUUGUGCAUCUCGGUGCCGAACUGGAAUUACCAGAUCACUGCCGCAGAGCGUCCAAGGGAUUUCAUUUGCUAUAGUAAUAUUCUUCCUAAAACUAUCUCUGCUUUAAAGUUGACUGAAGUUUGUUUGUUUGCAUUAGUCUAUUUUUAGAUUUAAAUUUAUUCUUAAUAAUUUAAACUGAUAUUUAAUGUUCAAGUUUAUGUGCUGUGCACAGAGGAUCGCUGCAAAGCAGCUCUCCUUGAAGCCCUUCUCUUUUCUAAAAUAAACAAUGCUGUGAAACUUCACACAGAGGCUGAAUUGGCUGGGACUGAUGAGUGCAAACGCACAGGUGGGUGUCUAUGCUUGUGUACACAGCAGCCCGCAUUCUCUCCUCCGGCUAAGCUGUGCUCAGUGUCAGCUUUCUGCUGCCUUUAGAAUUUUCUGCUUGUUAGAAGCUGAGUCUCACACGUCUCUGCUAAGAGCACAGCGCGAGGAUCUCCCCUGGCAGGGAUACCCUGGCUGGUGCGGAGCAGCUCUGGCCAGGCCGUGUUUCCCUUGCACUGGCUUCUGUCCUGGAAGAAGGCAAGGUGGGCAUAAGGCUGCAAAGGGCAACUUGGAGGGAGGGCUGAAUUUUUUGGGGUGGCAGCUGACGCGUGCUGUUUUAACAAAACGUAUUUUUAACGGGCAGAGUAAUUGUAUGGUAUAUGGGCAGAAAGACUGUUGAGAAUAUUAUGUACGGGUUUUGUCUAGCUCUGAGAUUUCCUGGUCAUCUUGUAUUGCUUCAGUUUGUUUUCUCUCACAGCCAUUGGAAAAAGUCUAAUUCCCUCUAGAUAUACUCAGUAUUAAUUAUUUUUCAGCUGAGGAGCACUUUUUUCCAGCUGAAUAUUACUGUAGGUCAAGCCUACAGUUUUGCUCUUCCCAAAGUUUAAGGGUCUUAAUCUCUUCCUGACUUACCUCUUUCUAACCCACCAACUAUUACUAUUGAGAUACAUACAGACCCAUACACCUUAAUGCUCAUUAAUUACUUUAUAAGCCUAUGAAUAACUAUAAGCCCAUACAUACAGAGGGCUUUGUUUAUUAAGGUUUUGUUGUCAGUGCAUCCAGAUGUGUGCAUAUAUGUGUCUGUAUAUAAACACAUACAAAAAAAGGGGCUGUCCCACCUUAUCCAAAUAAGAGUAGAAGUGUAGUCAAAGGUUGUGGUGAUACUCGGAGAGUUUUGUCUGUAGUGUUCUUUGAAAUCUGUCAUUGAUGAUGGUAAUGAUUAGUGUGGGUGUAGAAAAAAAGGCUGUGCCCAUCCAUGGAAGAAACUGCCUCAUCCAGCCUCCCCUUCUGUCCCAGAUGUGCAUCCCCAAGCACUUCCAAGGGCAGAUCAGUCUCCCCUCUGCAGUCCUGCCUCGGGAGCUGCUCUGCUGGGGGUUUUCUGACCUGCUGCAGUCAAGUGAACCCAAUUAAACCUUUCCCACUGUCAGUCUUGCUGAUCCAGCUGCUUGGACUGAAAUACAAGAGCCUCCAUCAGCAAAUCCAAGGGAGGCAGAAAGGGAGGAAUAUGCCACUGGCAGUCAUUAUUUCAGACUGAUAGCACCCACCGUUUCCCCUGGCCCAGCUGGAUCCAGGAGAGGAUGCUAGGCUGUGGCCUAAUUACUGCAGUGGCUGCUUUUACACCAGCAUCUCCUUUCUAGACUCUUGGCCAUGGUAUAUCUCAGAAAUAAGCACUUUUUUUUUUUUUUUUUUCUGGGAGAAAACUGAAAAAGGCUUAGCCUCCCUCUUUAUAUAACCUUAAGAAAUACUUACUAAAUGUUAUGUUUAACUCCUGAAAGUCUAAAAAUCUCUUUGAAUUAGAACAUACCACCUUGCAAGUUUUCAAUCCAUAAAGUGAACUAGUGCCUUAGGGUAUUAUAAAUAUUAUCUAGUCCAAUAACCCUGCUAAAGAAGGUUCACUUAGAGCAGGUUGCACAGGACCAUAUCCAUACAGGUUUUGUUGUUCAGCCCAGGAGAGAAGUGUCUGCCCAGCAAGGAGGAGGCAUAUCCCCACAUUUUGCCGAGCUGGACCCCACCUCUGCAGCUCCAGGACUCUGAAGAAGCCAGAUGGCCCUGAUGAAGAAUAUCACAGGAAGUGUUACCCCAGUUCCUACACAGCACCACAGCUUGUCUAUACGGCAGAGGUGUGGAGAGCUGACCCCUGCCCAAGCCCCUCAUGAAUUUUCACUUACUUAAAAUCUGUUCAGCUUUUUCCAAGCAAGUUUUAACAGCAGAUAGCAUUUAUAAAGCCUAACUGUUUCAGCAAAUGACAAGUGACUCUCACAGACACGUUGUUAUAAAUCUCUACAUUUGAAAAAGAAGUCUACCUGAGAAUAGAUUCUGGUUUGUUUCCUCAGAAAAAAAACCAAAAAAACUUCAUUUCCCUGAGAGCGCGGGGUAGUGGGGAUAGCCCACGCCCCGAGAGCUGAGUGAAGCACAUCUUGCGUGACAUGAUGUCAUGACAUCACAUGUCACAUUUUUACAAGGUACAGAUUCUGUGUCUCUGUACUUCAUCUAACCCUGGAUGUAAUACUGAUCUCUUUUCAGCCAGACCCUUUCAGCUCUCUCCAGCAACUUGUACCCAGCUCUGAUACCUCUGAACAGAUCCAAACUUCAGUCAAGUGUGCAACUGCUGUGUGUCCGUGAUAUGAAUUAUGACAGGGCUUGGCUCAUCCCCUAAGCCGUGGAUGGCACAAAGGUUUCUUACGCUGCUGGUCUACUGAAUUUACACCAGCAUAUGCAUGUGCUGGCACUAAAAAUGGCAGGCAGUCACUUUCUCUUGACUUUAGCUGCUCAUCUGUCCUUUGACACCUCCCUUGGCCAGGUCACCGUGGGGCAAAGCAAAUGUUUGUGCGUCAGAACAAAUGGCUGGAGACAGCAGGAAGGCAACAGAAUCAGUUUAGCCAACAGUGCUGUCAACGCAUCGGAGUGGCUGCAAGUUCAGUGUCACCUCUGUCCCUCUGUCGCUGCGUUAUGCUGAGCAGAGCCCAGAUGUGGCUCAGAGUCAGGGCUAUAAAUGAUGUGACAUUUGUACAGCAGCAGGUUCCCAGUGCCAAGCCCUGUGUACAGAGAGGUGGACAAAUCCAGGCUUCUGAAAAUUGGCCACAAGUCCAUACAAACUCCCUGUAACCUGAAAGUGUAAUGCCACAGAUGGCAUGUCGUGGGGAAGUAGUGUUGACUGUAUGUAUUUUUCCUGCCAUACACUCAAUAAGAGUGAUAGAAAAACCCCAGGGUUUUGGUUUGGGUUUUUUGGGGUUUGUUUUGUUUUGUGGGUUUUUGGGGUUAGUUUUUUGGGUUUUUUUGGUUUUGUUUGUUUGGUUGGUUGGUGUUUUUUGUGGGUGGGGUGGGUUUUUUUUGUUGUUUGUUUUUUUGUUGUUGUUGGUU